CGCCUGGCGCACCGGCCCCGGCCGCAGCCCAGCGUCGCCCCGCGCCGCGCUCGCUCCUCCCUCCUCCCGCUGCGUGCUCCCGCGCGCCCGGGCUGAGCCUCCGGCACCGACGGCCCGCGCCCCCCGAGCGGGCUAUGGUGAUUGCCCCGCCGGGGCCGGCCCGCGGGAGCAGCAGAGCCCGGCCCGCGGCCCCGGCGGCCAGCGGGGACUAUGACCGGCCCACCGCGGCGCUGCCUGGGCCACCUCUUCCUCAGCCUGGGCAUAGCCUACCUCCGGAUCGGUGGCCUCUCCGUGGUGGCUCUGGGCGCGAGCAUCAUCUGUAACAAGAUCCCGGGCCUGGCUCCCAGACAGCGGGCGAUCUGCCAGAGCCGGCCGGACGCCAUCAUUGUCAUCGGAGAAGGCUCGCAGAUGGGGCUCGACGAGUGUCAGUUCCAGUUCCGCAAUGGCCGUUGGAACUGCUCGGCGCUGGGGGAGCGCACCGUCUUCGGGAAGGAGCUCAAAGUGGGGAGCCGGGAGGCUGCCUUCACCUAUGCCAUCAUCGCGGCCGGCGUGGCCCACGCCAUCACGGCCGCCUGCACCCAGGGGAACCUGAGCGACUGCGGCUGCGACAAGGAGAAGCAGGGCCAGUACCAGCGGGACGAGGGCUGGAAGUGGGGCGGCUGCUCCGCCGACAUCCGCUAUGGCAUCGGCUUCGCCAAGGUCUUCGUGGACGCCCGGGAGAUCAAGCAGAACGCCCGGACGCUUAUGAACCUGCACAACAACGAAGCGGGCCGCAAGAUCCUGGAGGAGAACAUGAAGCUGGAGUGCAAGUGCCACGGCGUGUCGGGCUCGUGCACCACCAAGACGUGCUGGACCACGCUGCCGCAGUUCCGCGAGCUGGGCUACGUGCUCAAGGACAAGUACAACGAGGCGGUGCACGUGGAGCCGGUGCGCGCCAGCCGCAACAAGCGGCCCGCCUUCCUGAAGAUCAAGAAGCCCCUGUCCUACCGCAAGCCCAUGGACACGGACCUGGUGUACAUCGAGAAGUCGCCCAACUACUGCGAGGAGGACCCGGUGACGGGCAGCGUGGGCACACAGGGCCGUGCGUGCAACAAGACGGCGCCCCAGGCCAGCGGCUGCGACCUCAUGUGCUGUGGCCGCGGCUACAACACCCACCAGUACGCCCGCGUGUGGCAGUGCAACUGCAAAUUCCACUGGUGCUGCUACGUCAAGUGUAACACGUGCAGCGAGCACACCGAGGUGUACACGUGCAAGUGAGUGUGCCACGGUGCACGCAUGCGGCACUGGGUGUACCCGUGCUAGGGAGUGCACUGGGGUGCACACGUGCAGCUCUGGGGCACGGACGGGCCAGU